AUGCCCAGUCUCACGGGUCGCAUUCCAGCCGCGCCGCUGUCGACCAGCACGUGGAGGCACACCCACAAUCUCAAGCUCGCGGAUCCAUCGUGCGCCAUCCCAGGCAAAAUCGAUGUCAUCCUCGGCGCAAACGUGAUCGGAUCGCUACUGCAACCUGCCUCGGGUGUUCCGGCGCCUUUCACUGUCCAGGGUCUCGAAGGUCAACCAACCGCGCAGUACACUCGACUCGGCUGGAUCCUCUUCGGAGCAACAGAAGCCUCGCCGCGUAACAUCCGCUCCAACCACGCGUUCCACGGAGUUCCGGAUCACGAUCUAAACGAAAUGCUUCAGAAAUUCUGGGCUCAAGAUGAAAUCCCAGUCGGCAAGCGUCACAUACUCAACGAAGAAGAAGAACAAUGCGAAAAGCAUUUCCGCGACACGCACUCUCGAACCGCCUCCGGGCGAUAUGUGGUCCGCUUGCUAUUCCGUUCGCACAGACCAACCCUCGGCUCUUCCUACCUCACUGCUUCUCGCGCGCUCACGAACCUUCACCGUCGUCUUGCAACAAACGCGACGUUUUCGCGACUUUACACGGAGUUCCUUCACGAGUACGAAGCUCUCGACCACAUGUCUUGCUUACCAGCAACCUCGUCCAUGGAACCACCAGCGUAUUGGUUGCCUCAUCACGGAGUUCUUCGCGAGACCAGCGCCACGACUAGACUUCGAGUUGUGUUUAACGGAUCAAGCCGAACCAGCACUGGCGCUUCAUUAAACGAUUGUUUGCUGGUCGGGCCGAAGUUGUAA